AUGCGCCGUGGGAUAUGCCAAGUGGCUGCGGCUGCGAGGGCUGUAGGCUUCAGCGGCUGCCCUUCUCUACGGCACAGCACCACACCGGUAACCACUUCUACUUCUACGCCUACUCCCAGCACUCCCAGCACUCCUGGCACUUCUAGUACUUCUAGUACUGUGAGGAGUCGAGCUGCAGUUGGGAGUGGCAGCGGCGUGCCGCCCCCCCGGCCCCCGUCGUACACCCCGCCAGAGGAGAGGCCGGCUGGUGACGCCUCCCUGCAGUUCCGGCGGUCCCCCUCUUCUUCUUCUUCCUCGUUGCCUUCAUCAUCAUCAUCAUCAUCAUCUGUUUUUAAUUCUAGUGAGGCUGCGGGAGUGCGACUUGGGCCCGGGCAGGCGUUUGCCCCGGAGCUGCCCAGACGUCCUGUUCCGUCGAAGCGCUAUGUGGACGAGGCGGCGGCUAAUUUGGAAACCACAAGUGUGUUCGCCGGACACUCUCUCUUACCAGACGAGGAUGAGGCUAUGACGUCUAAUCUCGCGACUCUAAGGAACUCAACUCAGAAGAUAAAAAAAGGAGAUGAUUCUAAGGAAGCACCUUUUAUACAGGCAAGACGUAGGAGUUCUAUAUUUGAUUCCGAGGAUCAAGUUAAUAGCAUAGAAGAGGAUAGAAAAGUAGAAAAAGAGAGCAUUCCUUCUGUGGCUACUCUUUCUGGAGAGAAAGGGAAUGAUGCUACAGAUGAAAAAUCAAAACGAGAAAAUGAACCUACUCUCCAGCAAAUGGAGCGAGACCUUCGUCGUCUCGAGUAUUAUCAAGGGUCUCCACAGUAUCCUCAACUUUUACAAGAAUUUCGUGAUAAAUAUGGAGUUAAUAACAAUGAAGACGUUUCAAAAAGCGAUAAAUUUGGUGAUCGCUUGUAUACUCAAGAAGAACUUUCUCGUGGACUUGAAGCACAACCUAUUGAUUAUCUUCGUACUACUAAAAAACUAAAGGUGGAACUUUCUAGUGGACCAAGAGCUUACGACCCUGUUGUUGUUAUGCAGCAACAUGGUGUAAUGCAAUUUCAAGGUUACGCUUUCCCUCCAACUAUAGAGUUAGGAAAAUUGCGUGAUAGUGAUGGAAAUGUGGUAGACACAAUUGAGGAUAAAAAACUUCUUAAAGAACACAUAAGACAAAAUAUGUCCUCUGAUCUCAAAAAACGACUUGAUGGGGGUAAAGACAAUCAUAUAGUUCACCGAGUGUUAGGUCUAGAUGCAAUACAAAGACGCCAGGUUAGGGCUAUGCUUAGUGAUUUUGAUUAUGCAGAUCGUCAUACAGCAUUCCAUGUAAUGAUGUCUUACCCCUAUACAGACUGGUUGCACGUAUUUUACAUGGUAAUGGUUGGUCUGGCACUAUAUAAUUUUCAGGUGCGUUAUGGAGCAUACGAAUUCUAUGAUGAAUAUUUAGGACUAGAUCUCCGGCAGGUGCCUACAUUAAAAAAACCUUUUCUGGCAGUAAUGACCACUCUUGUGAUGGUCGUUUUUUUAUUCAAACCAUUGCUUAUAGCCAGUAUUGCAACUACGCGGUUUUACCGUAUUGCAUUGAGGCGUCCCAUUGGACCUCCAUGA